UCGUAACAGAAACCUCUCAAAUUUUCUUGUCGUGAAAAAAGUACUCAAGUACCCAAUCACAUCCUUUGCUUUUUUUGUAGUUGCGCAUGUAUUUGAGGCUUCGUAGACGGCAGACGGAGAUUACCAUACCGUGAUCCCCUUGAGUUAUCGAUUUGCACUGGGUUCCACCUUCAUCACACUCCCCACUUCCGGUCGCCAGUUGCGUGCGCAUACGCUAGUUUUCUACGUACAGCCAUAAGGAACGUUCAAGCAGUGUGAGAUUCUAUCGCAGUGGAACAAGUGGGAUCUCAUCUAAAAAGCAGUUCUCUUGCGAUUGAUCGUACUAGCUCGUUGACGUUUCGACACUCUUGAACGUCAAUUCAACAAGUUAGUACACACAUCAUGGAGGCUAGUGAUUCGACGUUUGACGAAGAGAGGAAACGCAUAUUGUCACCUGAAAACCAGUUUGAAAAUGCGGAAGAGGAAGAAACGAAAAAAGACGGUAGCAGUUUACCAGCGGCUUCGUUCAAUUAUGUAAAUUCAAUAGUUGGCAGUGGAAUUAUUGGAAUGGCGUACGCGCUAAAUCAAGCAGGAAUUCUUAUGGGACUGAUCCUCAUUCUUGGCUUAGGAGUGGUUACCGAUUACUCACUAAUUAUCCUAAUUAAAGCCAGCCGCAUAUCGGGCACUCAGUCAUAUCAAGGAGUAAUGAACGCUGCAUUUGGAAAAGUCGGGUACACAGUACUCUCCAUCUUGCAAUUUGUUUAUCCUUUCAUUGCUAUGGUCAGCUACAACGUUAUUGUAGGAGAUACGAUAACGAAAGUGAUUAUAUAUUACGUUGGAUUGGAAAGUGGCAGUAUUUUUGGGCGCAGGGAGCUAAUUAUCUCACUCACGACAUUGUUAUUUUCGCUUCCGCUAUCUCUUUGUGAUGGCAUGGCUAAAUUUGCAAGGGUUUCGCUCCUCUCUUUGAUUGUCACCGGAUUUGUCCUCUUCUCCAUCAUAUUUCGUUUGUUCACGCUCGGACCCUUCGUACCACAAUCAAGCGAUGCCUGGGUUCUUGCCAAACCCGGCAUUACGCAAGCCGUUGCCAUCGCUUCAUUCGCCUACAUGUGCCACCAUUCGACUUUCCUCUUGUACGGCUCGCUGAAACAACCAACAGAGUCUCGUUGGGCUCGACUCACACACGCAUCAGUUUUUACCUCGGCUUUGAUUGAAAUAUUUUUUGCUUUGUUCGGUUACGCCACCUUCACUGGCUUCGUACAAGGCGAUUUGCUGGAAAAUUAUUGUCGCGGAGACCACUUGAUGAACGCUGCCCGAAUUAUGUUUUGCCUGACGAUUCUGCUUACAGCACCUAUUGAAUGUUUCGUCGCACGUGAUUUGAUAAUGAGCACCUUACUGGAACGGAAGACCAACGAAGAUGGAUCUUUCACCGGCACGAAUAAUUUUCUGCCUAAAAUCAUUGUGACGUUUUCACUUGUUAUCGCAACGUGUUUGAUUUCUUUUUCUACCGACUGUCUUAGCAUAGUCUUGGAAUUCAAUGGAGUGUUUGCCGCUAUCCCGUUAGCGUACAUUCUUCCAGCAAUCUGUUACUUACGUCUGGAGCCCAGCCCGUGGAAAUCUUGGCGUAAACUUCCUGCUCUACUGAUGGCGUUUUUCGGAAUAAUUAUGUCUCUAAGUGGUCUCGUUAUGAUAUUCGUCAAUUGGGGUGUCAAUUCAACCUGCAGUCACGGCGUUGAGAUGAAUUAUUGUCCUAUCUGGGUAAACUCCACACGUUCAAAUUCCUAAGGACGGUAGGUCAAACUGACGGAAAAUAAUAUUUAAUAAUGUUUAUCAAGAUUUUAAAUGUAUAAAAUGUUGUCAAUUUUAAGCUAAUACGUAAUAGUGGAAAUUUUUGUUCAAAUUUCAUUUAUUCUAGCUUACUUAAAACACAUUACAUUUAUUGUGGAGAAAGGCAUGCAUAAACAUACGAGAGAUUUUAUAGUGAUACAAUCACGAAUGAUUUCUAAAAAAUGAUGUCAGAUAUAAAUAUUUUGCAAACACCGCUGUUAACUAAGUGAUGGUAACUUGAAAGGAAAGGUUUGCUAAUCCACGUUGUAACGCUAAAUGUCAUUUCUUGACCGGUAGAUCAGUUGAAAGGACGAUCAAUUAUCAGGGAUUACAGGGAAGAUCUAGAGCCCAAAAGCCAAUGUGCUUUUUUUUCCUUUUAAUUCUUACCGGACCUUUUGAUGUUUUUUUUUACAGCUGUAAACAACUAAACAUUCUCGGUUACAAGCAAAUUUAUUAAAUUUAUUUGAAUGUUUGAAGUGGAUUGUAUUUUGAACUUUGACUACGAGUUUUAAUAAAGAGCCUAAACUGUAAA